CAGUGACAAGGUCAAGAAUUUGGGUGAAGGUAAACCAGUAAACAACUUUUACUGAUCGAUGAUUCGAGGAUGCUGUAAACGAGAGAUUUUUCCACUAAAAUAUGAGUGGAAGAGAAGAAAUAAUACUUGGAUUAAAUUGGAAUAAUGGUGAAGCUGACAAUUCACAGUCAAAUGAAAAAAAAUUUCGUGGAUUUCAUCUCACGAGAUCAAAAUGGGAUCCAUAUCCAUGGGUUGGUUCAGUUGAAAUCGAAAGUGAUGCUCAAAUUUCAGGAUUAAGAGCAGGAGAUUGUCUACUACAAAUUGAUGGUGAAGAUUUGUUGGGACUGAAAAUGUCGGAUAUUGCAUUUUUAAUAGGAAGAAAUGAUCAGGUGAAAAUUCAUGUUUGGCGACAGAGGAACAAUUUGGAAAAAAAGCCCGAAGUUGAUAAAGAAGAAAUAAAUAGUGACGAGAAAGAAAGAAGACACGUGGGAAUUUUAGCAUUGGAAGGUCCUCUUCCCGAAGUGGCAAUUAAAUUGUCAAGUGCAGUAUCCGGAGUUGUUCGUGCCCUUGAAUGUCCAAUUUGUCUCGAAAGUGCUCAAACGCCAGUAUCGCAAUGUGUCAAUGGUCACAUUCUUUGCGUUGGCUGUCGUGCAAAAAGUACAAGAUGUCCAGUUUGUCGAGUGAGUUUGGGUCAAGGAAGAUGUCUCUUGGCCGACAAAUGUCAUAAAGUACUCGUCGAAUCGUUUGGAAUUGAUAAUAAUAAAAAAAAUUCCUUAAUAAAUAAAUCCGAAUCAUUAUCACUUUCAAAACGUCUUUUUGGAUCGACUAGAAAACCAAUUCAUCAUCAGAAAGAAAAAAUUAAUUUCAAUAAACAUCGUUCGCCGCAUAGGGCAAAAAAUCUUAUUUCACGAAUAUUUCCCUCUAUUAGUUUAGAUGAUGAGAAUAAUAAGGCAAUAUCAACGGAAAGUUUACCGGCAACAACUCAAUGUUGUGACGACAAUGAAAAUGGUAGAUCAACACGUUACAUUGGACGACAAUGGCUUUUGCCGAGAAAUUUUAAUAAUUAUUUGAAUGAUCGAACAAAAUCGGCAAGUACUGGUGAAUUAUCGAGGGAAAAUAAUCGAACCAAUAGUGGUUCAUUGAAUCGUUUAACUAAUAAUGAUCGUGAUGAUGAUGAUGAUGAUGAUGAUGAUGAGACACGAAAUUGUGAUAAUGGUCUAUUGAGUGUACCACCGACACCAAUUUGGGGUGGAUCGACAGAAUCGGUGGCAAAUUUUAGAAUUAAUUGUCCAUUAUUUAAGAGUGAGGAAUGUCGUGAAUUAUUGACACGUGAUACAAUUUUGGAGCAUUUAGCUGCAUCUCAUCGUGGACCAAUGAUUCAUUUUCAUAAUGGAAAAGCGAAUUUACCGAUACCUUGGCCUUUUCAUUCGCAGGGGAUUUAUAUUUUGCAUCGAGACGAGGAUGUUUUUUUCCUUCAGUCUGAAAACGAAUCAAUUUGGAUCCUUGGCUCAAAUACCAAUGACAACAAAUGGCAUUGGACUCUAAACAUUUUGGAUGAUCAAGAGGAUGUGAAAUUUCGAAGAGAUGUAAUAAGUUUACAAGAAACGUUCAACAACACUUCCUCUUCCACAAAUGUUGUGAUUCUUCCUGAAAAUUGUACCUUUAAAUCAGUGGAAAUUCAUAUUCUAGAAAGUGAAAACAACGAAGAUAUUGAAGUUUAAUAAAAAUACAAAAUGAAAUUAAAAAAAAAUAAAUGUGACCUGAACAUUUAAAAGGUACCUUACGUCCGAAAUAAUUGAUUUUUUAUUGAUUGAUGAUUCUAAUAAAAAAAAAGGUUUUUUCUAUCAAAGUCAUCGAUGAAUAAAAAAUUAAUUUUAAUUGUCCUUUUAAUUGUCUAGGUCACAAAUGAUAAACAAAAUAAGA